AUUUAUUGCACUUCAAAUUUAUUGCGUGUGAUUUAGUUCUUCAACAAGAGUAAUUUUUCUUGAAAUUGUAGAUAACAAGACAACAAACAGUCCAUUGGUUAUCAUUAAAGAACUUGGUAACGUGAAAGUGCAAACUGUGUUGAAGUUACACGUUGUCACUGUUUUGCAUUUCAUCCAAAUAUACUACUCGGUAAUAAUUGAGAAAAACAGAGUAAUUAGUAAAAAAAUUGAGUAUCUUUAGACUUUCUCUCUUGUAAUCUUGACUGGGUGCUAGAAUGGAUGGAGCAACCAUGACGACAAUGCCAUCUCACAUACAUAUCGUUUUCUAUUGCUCAAACUAGAUUCCAUUUAUUAUCAUUCGUGCCCCCAUCAACAGGACUUCUGCUAUAUCUUUUUUCCCUGCCCACCAAGCUUUACUUGCUUCUGUUGCAGAAGUCUACAACUCUUGAUUCUGCGGUCUCAAGGAUUCAUAGCUUAUCGUAUGGUUUGGAUGUUUAAAGCAAUCCCACUACGGUUUGGUCAUAUUUGACUCGUUUCCCUUACCGGAAUUAUGGGGUUUGACUAUCUUCCUUGUUUGGGAAUGAAGAUGUUGCAGCUGAGAACUUGGGGGUGUGUUUUUCUCCUGUCAUAUUGUUACUUGCUGCUCCUUACAGUUGCUCAAGUUACAAAUCCCUCAGAAGUCAAUGCAUUGCUAGCAGUCAAGAACAAUUUGAUUGAUCCUAUGAAGCAUCUCAGAAAUUGGAAUAAGGGAGAUCCAUGUACCUCCAAUUGGACUGGUGUUUUUUGUUAUGAUGCAACUGGGACUGAUGGAUACUUGCAUGUCCGAGAACUUCAGCUUCUUAAUUUGAAUCUUUCUGGAAAUUUAGCACCUGAGCUAGGCCAACUUUCUCAACUGGCAAUAUUGGAUUUCAUGUGGAAUGAAUUGACUGGCAGCAUACCAAGAGAGAUAGGAAAUCUUUCAUCUUUGAAACUCCUGCUGUUGAAUGGAAACAAAUUAUCAGGAUCUUUACCUGAUGAGCUUGGCUAUUUAUCGAAAUUAAUUAGACUCCAAGUGGAUCAGAACAAUAUUUCAGGACGAAUACCAAAAUCAUUUGCUAACAUGAGCAGUAUUAGACAUUUCCACUUGAACAACAACUCAAUCAGUGGUCAAAUUCCACCCGAGCUUUCCAAACUAUCAACUCUUGUUCACUUGCUUUUGGAUAAUAAUAACUUAUCUGGAUAUCUUCCACCAGAAUUAUCAAAGUUCCCAGAGAUGCGGAUAAUUCAACUUGACAACAACAACUUUAACGGAUCUGGAAUUCCAGCUACUUAUGGCAGCCUUUCCAGAUUAGUAAAAUUAAGUCUCAGAAAUUGUAGCUUGCAAGGUUCUAUACCUGGUCUUAGCAGCAUACCAAACCUAUACUAUUUGGAUCUGAGCAAGAACAACCUUAGAGGAUCUCUACCAUCCAAACUUUCUGAUACUAUGAGAACUAUCGAUUUGUCAGAGAACCAUCUUAGUGGAUCUAUACCAGGAAGUUUCUCAGAUCUUUCUUUUCUUCAAAGACUGUCACUUGAAAAUAAUCAGUUGAAUGGGUCUGUGCCAGCUAACAUUUGGCAGAACAUGACCUCCACUAAAAGUGCUAGUUUUACAAUUGAUCUCAGGAACAAUUCACUCUCAAGCAUUUCGGGGGCGUUGAAUCUGCCGGACAAUGUCACCUUAAGGCUUGGAGGCAAUCCUAUUUGUGAAAAUGCAAACAUAGCCAACAUAAUCCAGUUCUGUGGAUUUGAAGCUGGAGGAGAUAGGACUACUGAGAGGUCAAUGAAUUCUACGAUGACAUGUGCUGUUCAAGCAUGCCCAGUAGAUAAUUUCUUUGAAUAUGUCCCAGCUUCACCUCUACCAUGCUUUUGUGCCUCCCCUCUUAGGAUUGGAUACAGACUUAAGAGCCCUAGUUUCUCUUAUUUUGAUCCAUAUGUUUUUCCAUUCGAGUUACAUGUGACUAGUGCUCUUAAACUGAAUCCAUAUCAAUUGUCAAUUGAUUCCUAUUUCUGGGAAGAAGGCCCUCGUUUAAGAAUGCAUCUGAAGAUAUUUCCUCCAGCUAAUAAUAUGCACUCAAGCACAUUUAAUGUAUCCGAGGUUGGACGAAUAAGAGGUGCAUUUACAUCGUGGCACUUUCCUGGUGAUGACUUAUUCGGACCAUAUGAACUUCUCAACUUCACUCUAGUGGGACCUUAUGCAGGGAUACAUUUCGACACUAAAGGGAAGAAUAUUAGCAAAGGAAUUUGGGUAGCCGUUAUAUUAGGUGCUAUUGCCUGUACCAUUGCAGUAUCUGCAGUUGUCACACUUCUUAUUAGUAGAAGAUAUGCUAGAAAGCAUAGAAAUUUGUCGAGAAGACAUUCAUCAUCGAAGGCAUUGAUAAAAAUCGAUGGUGUGAAAGGCUUCACAUUUAAAGAAAUGGCCCUGGCUACUGAUAACUUUAACUGCUCAACUCAAGUUGGUAGAGGAGGCUAUGGAAAGGUUUAUAGAGGUGUUCUUUCUGGCAACUCAAUUGUGGCCAUAAAGCGUACUGAAGAAGGAUCAUUACAAGGCCAAAAAGAAUUUUUGACUGAGAUUAAAUUGUUGUCAAGGUUGCAUCACAGAAAUCUAGUUUCACUGGUUGGAUAUUGUGAAGAAAAAGAGGAGCAGAUGCUGGUGUACGAGUUCAUGCCAAACGGUACCUUGCGGGACUGGCUUUCUGGAAAGGCCAAGGGAACAUUGAACUUUGGUACAAGGUUAAGAAUCGCGCUGGGUUCAGCUAAGGGUAUCCUUUACCUCCAUACUGAAGCACAGCCUCCAGUGUUCCACCGGGAUAUCAAGGCCACUAACAUACUAUUAGACUGUAAGCUCACUGCUAAAGUUGCUGACUUUGGACUCUCACGUCUCGCUCCUGUCUUGGAUGAUGAAGGGAAUCUGCCUAAUCAUGUAUCAACAGUAGUAAGGGGAACUCCAGGAUACCUCGAUCCAGAAUACUUUUUGACCCAUAAGUUGACAGACAAGAGUGAUGUGUAUAGCCUUGGGAUUGUGUUUCUGGAGCUCCUGACUGGUAUGCACCCAAUAUCACAUGGCAAAAACAUUGUUCGCGAGGUUAACAUGGCUCAUCAGUCUGGCAUUAUGUUCUCUAUCAUAGACAACAGAAUGGGUGCUUAUCCAUCUGAAUGUGUGGAGAGAUUUGUGGUUUUGGCACUCGACUGUUGCCAUGACAAGCAAGACAAGCGGCCGUCAAUGCAGGAUGUGGUCAGGGAACUGGAAACCAUACUCAAAAUGAUGCCAGAAGCUGAUGCCAUCUAUGCAGAAUCCACUUCCACAUAUUCCGGCAAAUCCACUCCCACAUAUUCCGGCAAGUCAGCAUCAUCAUCUUCAUUUUACUCGAGCCAAUAUCUUUACGAAAGUUCCUGUCUUCUGGGAAGUGAUCUUAGCAGUGGUGUUGUUCCCACCAUCAACCCUCGCUAACAUCAAACAAAUCGACAAUCUGGAGUUUAGUUAGGUGUAAAGUGGGCUUGAUGCCCUAUCUUAAGCAACACAGAGACAUGCCUGUAUAAAGUGGAGAAAUACUAGCGGUUAUUGCAUGAGAGUUGACCCAUUUCGCAGUCGAUAGAGUUAAUUGCGAAAAAUUAGUUCAUGCUUUUUGUUACUGAAAAAUGAAUCAUCCCAGCAUUGUCAUGAUGACAACAAA